CUGUGGAGAGUGAGUUACUUUUAUCAGAGAAAAUAAAAGGUCGGACGGGAAGGGGAUAAAAAAGGGUCCUCCUAGAAGGUGUAAAGUUCUAGCGUAAAGGAUGUAUUUUAUUCUGAUUUCUGAACCAAGCAUUUAUUUUUGGGUCGCGAUGCUCAGUGCUCGACUGCUCGCUUUGUUUUAGUUAGAAAAUCGGUGGACUGGUUGGAAAAUCAACAGAAACAGAAUGGGAAAAAAGGAGGAAGAAGAUGAAUACCCUGAAGAAAGGGAAACAGAUGAUGAUGAAUCGUCAGAGGAAGAAUCGGAAGAGCGAUGGAGAAAGCACUACUCAUCCAGGCAUAGGAUAUUGUUGGUCGGAGAAGGAGACUUCUCUUUCGCUCUUUCUCUAGCCACCCACUUUGGAUCAGCGCGCAACAUGGUCGCCACCUCUCUCGAUUCCCAAGAGAAGAUGUAUAGCAAGUACAAUAAUGCAAUUACAAAUGUGAGGGAGCUUGAAGAAAAGGGUUGUUUGGUGCUGUACGGGGUGGACGCCAAGACCAUGAGUCAACACUUCUUCCUCUCCACCCAGAGGUUUGACAGAAUUGUCUACAACUUCCCUCAUGUUGGCUUUCUCUUCCGGGAAGAAAGCCACUGCCAGAUCCAGUUGAACAAGAGAUUGGUGAAGGGUUUUCUCAGGAAUGCUAAACUUCUUUUGAAAAAACAGGGAGGGGAGAUUCAUAUAUCUCACAAAGAAGGCCAUCCUUACGACAAAUGGGACUUAGUGAAGAAAGCAGACAAGAUAGGAGGACUGAAACUAAACCAAUCUGUGCCCUUCUGCAAGGAUGACUAUCCUGGAUAUGACAACAAGAGAGCCCAUGGCACCCUUCCUGAUGCCUCUUUCCACCUUGGUGAUUGCACUACUUACAUGUUUACCCUUGCUUAAUCUUUGUCUCGACCGCUUACUAUGUUAUAAGUUUCACUAUCCUUCGCCCAAAUCAACCAUCUUUAUUAUAGUUUGAAUUCGACGAGGCUGCUAAUUUUCUUGCUUCCUACGCAAGGCGUGUGAAAUUCGACGUGUAGUUCAUCU